ACACAAACCUUAGGGGCGGGGCCCUAGCGCUGUAAUCCCGAAUGUGGAGCUGUCUGUCAGCCAAGGGGGUCUCUGCCUGCGGGUGACGUCACUGGGCUCAGUCCGGUAGCGGAGUGAGAUGGCGGCAGCCCGGGCAGCUCUGGGGCCGGCGAGAGGCGAGUAGUGAGUUACAGCAGGGGGGACGCACACACAGCAGCGCCAUGGAGACCAACCUGCAGAAGAGGAAGGACGGCAGGAAGGCCCUGCGCGUUAAGGUCAUCAGCAUGGGGAAUGCCGAAGUGGGCAAGAGCUGCAUUAUAAAGCGUUACUGUGAGAAGCGGUUCGUGCCCAAGUAUCAGGCGACUAUAGGGAUCGAUUAUGGAGUAACAAAGGUUCAGCUCAAGGACCGAGAAAUAAAGGUCAAUAUAUUCGAUAUGGCCGGCCAUCCAUUCUUCUAUGAGGUUCGCAAUGAGUUCUACAAGGACACACAGGGUGUCAUAUUGGUGUACGAUGUUGGCCAGAAGGAUUCCUUUGAGUCUUUAGAUGCCUGGUUAGCCGAAAUGAAACAGGAGCUUGGUUCUCAGGGCAACAUUGACAACAUUGUCUUUGCUGUGUGUGCCAAUAAGAUUGACAGCACAAAGCACCGCUGCGUGGAUGAAAGCGAGGGGCGGCUCUGGUCUGAGAGCAAAGGAUUUCUGUAUUUUGAAACGUCGGCGCAGAGCGGGGAAGGAAUUAACGAGAUGUUCCAGGCCUUUUAUUCGGCUAUUGUGGAUUUAUGUGAUAACGGCGGGAAGAGGCCGGUGUCGGCCAUAAACAUUGGCUUCACUAAAGAGCAAGCAGAUUCAAUACGCAGGAUCCGUGGCAGCAAGGACAGCUGGGACAUGCUGGGGGUGAAGCCUGGGGCCACAAGGGAUGAGGUUAAUAAAGCCUACCGCAAACUCGCCGUGCUGCUUCACCCGGACAAGUGCGUGGCGCCGGGCAGCGAGGAUGCCUUUAAAGCGGUUGUGAACGCACGGACCGCGCUGCUAAAGAACAUCAAAUAGAGGCGGCAGUCUGGGUUACACCCCGGUGGGGUGGCAGCGAGGUCAGGCUCAACAAAAAAAAUCAAUUCUCAUUUCUGAAUGGAAUGGCUUUGUACCGCAGGCACAUCCAUUACUGUCUGUGGGGGGAGAAGAAUGGGACGUACCAACUGUUCUGUUAAGCACACUGACUAUUCCUAACCCUCUGGGACACAACUACUGAUUUGUACGUGAUUUAGAGCACAUACAGCACUACACCCCCCACUCCUGUAUAUAAUGCACCUCGCCCCUACCCACAGUCCUGGGUGGAUCUGUCACAGCGUUAGUGGGUUCCAUGAAGGCAGGAAGUGAAUCGGACACAGUGCUUUUGUAUGAUUGGCCGGACGACGCUGACCCAUUUAUUUUUUGAGUCGCUCAGUGAUUGGUGCAGCAGCAGAGGAGGAAGUGCACAGGUUUCACUUCCUGCUGUUCCUAUUAUCUGGGAGGCUGAGCAAACAAUGGAGAGUUGGCCGUACGAAUCUGCAGGCCGAUUGCUCGGAUUCCAUAGAGGAGCAGCCGGUGUAUGGCCACCCUUAGUCACCAUAGGACUCUACUGGGUCAGCCCUCAGUCUCUUGUUUUAAAGGGGUUGGGGGGGGUUAUGAAAAAUACACCACUCUGCCACCCCCCCCCCUACGUUUUGUGUCAGGUUUGAAUACACUAUUCAGUUUACAUAUGAGCCACAGGAGGGCGCCAUUUUGCUGGAGUUGACACAUAAGCACAGUAGUUACGUUUACAGCACAAAUAUGCAGAGACACAAGGCUUCCUGGGCAGAAUAACGUUUGCCAGAACAUUUAUAAAAUAUAUAUAUAAACCUAAUGUGUAUUAUAUAUAUGUAACAUUGUGGUUUGUAUACACGUGCACCCUGGCUGUUUAAAGGCUUAUUAUCAUCAGAAAACAAGUGUUCUCACCUUGAAAACCGGCAA